UCAUGAGGAAUCUGUGGUGUGAAUGGUCAUUAACAUAUCUUUUUUUUCCAAGGGUGGGAGAGGUCUGAGGUGUGAAUUGGUCAUUACAAUGUGUGACAAGCUUGGUAGGAACAUCCUGUGUUCAGUGUUUUGUCCAUUUGAGUACCUUGAACACUUUGCAUGCAUUUUCCAUGACGAAAAAAGGCUCUGGACAGCAUCGGAAACUGGAAUAGUUAAAAAAAAUAUUCAAAUGCAAACACUUAUAAACUGUUUUGCGUUUGAAACACUGAUAAAAUCGACUGCUGAACGCAAGUUUUCUGCG